AUGCGCCUCCGCCUCAGAACCUUCAACACCGCCCAGGAGGGCGCCCGGGCGUACGACGCUGCGGCGUGGCGCUUCCUGCGGUCCCGUCAGGACAUAAACUUCGCCGACGUGGCGACGCGGGAGCGGGCACAAGAGUUGGCGCCUUUCCCGCGGCUUCUCACCGACGAGGAUCGUCGCAAGCACCCGAGGCGGGAGCGUCGUCUCAGGCUGGCCGAGAUGGACGAGCAAGCCAUGGCGUUGUGGAGCCAUCGCUUCCCGCAAGACACCAACGAGGAACAGUUCUUCGCGGAGAGGAGGGCGGAGAGGCUUGCGCGGCUGUUGGAGAUAUUCUAA